GUUAGAGCUCAGUAAGAUGCUCAGUUACCGACGGCAACACUACGAUGCCACACGACCAGUGUAAGCAGGACCUGCUGACCAUCUCUAAUGUUCCUGUGGAAGAGUGUCCCCCUUCUCCCCCCCGCACAGCACCCCCCACCAUGAAGUCGGCUCAUUUCUUUGACAUGAUGGAGAAGAUGGAGGUGUUGGAGAGGGGGGCACCGUACCCUCAGGUCAUCCUGCCGCAGUUUGGAGGUUAUUGGAUUGAAGAUCCUGAAGCUUCACCUCCUGCUGUGCCUCCUUCAACCUCCCAGGAGGUCAGUGGCGAUGAGGUAGAAGAGGGAGGAGGAGGAGCAGGGGUGCAGAGGAAGGAGGAAGACAGUGCUGCCCCAGGGGAUUAUGGGUACCAGCUGGAGGAGAUCAAUGAGGCUGCACGAGCGUACAGGAAGCACUUCCUGGGCAGGGAACAUCUGAACUUCUUCUGUUCAGCCAGCAGUCUGGGAAACCUGCUGCUGUCUGUGAGACACGAAGAGGAGAAGGAACAUGAAUACCUCCAUGUCAUCAUCAGGUCUCGUCUGAAAAGCCUCUACCACCGACUAUCGCUGGCAGAGCUGCCGGACAUCCCCAGUGUGCCGGAUCUAGCCAAGCUCCUGUGUGAUGAAGCAGCCUCCCUGCGGUUCAGCCCCGUCCUCUACCCCAAGGCGUCUCAGCUGAUUGUGAACUAUGAUGAACACGAAGUGAACAGCACCUUUAAGUUCGGAGUCGUCUACCAAAGUUUCGGGCAGGUGUCUGAGGAGGAGCUGUUUACCAACAACCAGGAGACGCCAGCCUUCACAGAAUUCCUGCAGUUGCUGGGAGACACCGUGGAGCUGCAGGACUUCAAGGGGUUCCGGGGGGGUCUGGAUGUGUCUCACGGUCAGACGGGUUCUCAGUCUGUCUACACCGUCCACAGAGGACAAGAGAUCAUGUUCCACGUUUCCACCAAGCUGCCGUUCACUGAGGGAGACCCACAGCAGCUGCAGAGGAAACGCCACAUAGGAAAUGACAUUGUGACCCUGGUGUUCCAAGAAGAGGCCACGCCCUUCGUUCCCGACAUGAUCGCCUCCAACUUCCUGCACGCCUUCGUCUUGGUGCAGGUGGAGGAGCCCUGCUCGGACAACACCACCUACAAGGUAUCCGUCACAGCUCGAGAAGAUGUUCCCUCAUUCGGGCCGCCACUGCCUAAUCCCGCCAUCUUCAGAAAGGGUCCAGAGUUCAGACAGUUUCUCCUCACCAAACUCAUCAACGCAGAGCUGGCCUCCUACAAGAGCGAACGCUUUGCCCGACUGGAGGAACGGACGCGAUCGGCCCUGCUGGACAGCCUCCUGGAUGAGCUGCAGAGACGCUCGCAAUGCAUGCUGGGAUUGAGCUCAGGGGCAGAGGAGGAGGGAAGGGGUGAGAACGGCCAUGCCCAUGGAGGUCUGCUGGAGUCCAUCAAGAGAGCGAUGAAGGGACGGAGCGUAUCCAUGGAAACCAUGUCACGCGGUGGGGCGGGACUACCCACCAGUCUAAGUGGGGGUGGUCUGGUCCACCUGAGCAUUGAGAGCAACGUAAAGUCUCCGGUGAAGAGGCGCUCAGGCCUGUUCCCUCGCCUGCUGAGUGUCGACAGCCAGACCGACAAACAAAGCCACAGGAGCCUCCUUAGCGAACAGCGCAGCUUCGACUGCUGCCACCCGACGCUGGAGGUGAAGUCAGAGCUGCCGUCUAAUCCCAGCUCUCCAGAGGCAGGACAACGGGACAGGAUUCACCCCAAGAAGGAGAGCAAUAAGAUUUCCAGAUCCACGUCCAGCACCUGCAGCUUUAGCGUCCCCACUGAUGACGUACACCUGACCUCAACGCCCGAGGCUUCCUGUCCCCUGAUCAUCUGCCGCAGCCCCACAGAGCUGAAAAACAAGAACUCUCCCAGAUCCAACCUGAAGUUUCGUUUCGACAAGCUGACUCACUCUGCUGCUCAGGGAAACUGAACACUGAGGAGGUUUUUGGAGAGAACCCCUCAGAGGUGCAGCUCACACAUCCAGGACCAGGAUUCCAGACCCAACCACAUCCCCAACAUCUUUCCAAGUUCCUGAGGUUCUCUGGGUUCUGACUGGUGUCACAGCAACCCGUGGAAAUCCUAAAGAACCACAUUUACAGCCGCAGAGACAUCCUGUGGUUUUAUGCAUCAUCUGUUUUCUAAACACUUUUUCUUGUUUAUGUUGGGAGUUAAGAUGUGAAUCCUGGAGAAUUCCUUUCCCAGGAAUUCCAGGAAGGUGCAGGUGAAUUUGGACCAGCAGUGUUCUAGUUGGAUCGAUGAUUUGGUUCUGAUUCCGUCCAACAGAUCCUGGUUCCGUUUUGUCCUU